GCGCAACAGUGACGUUACAUCCGCUGUUACUGUUGACAUGAGAGCGCUUCCGGACGUGUUGUUCACUGGCGGAUUUCAUGACAACGUUUAAUGAAACUAUAUCAGCACGCGCGUGUAUUUAUGAUUUCAUGAAUAGUUCUAUGUGUUGAUGUGUGUAGCAGCGCACGUGCCGUCAGUGGCGGUCGGUUAGUUCGUGAAAGAGAACGUCAUCAGAUCCGCUCGAGAUAACCGAUCACAGUCACAUCAGUGAAGAUGAUGAAGAGGAGACGCAGAGCGAGUAAACGAGUGAAGACGAUAUCUGUGAAUGACCACACAGCAGACAGACACGAGGAGACAGGUCGAGUGAGCAGUGAAUUCUGUCGGCUGUGUCACGGCAAGUUCUCCUCGCGCAGACUGCGCGCGGCGUUUGCUCAGCUUCAGGGAGACUCGUGCAGUGUUUAUCCUCUCUUCUCUACAGACUUCCAGCAGCUCUUAGGAAUCCGCAUGAACAGAGAUCCCAGUCUGUCUCAGUUCAUCUGUAACAAGUGUCACGCUCAGUUCUACAAGUGUCACAGCAUCCUUCUGGACUUCAGGAACAGAGUCAAUCUAACACCCAGAGACAAGAGCAACACCACAUACGCCUCAGCAAAAGAAGACACCACUUUAUUCACAUCAUCCUCAUCACACAUAACGUCGGACCGCAGGUGUCUGUACAGUCUGGUGUCGUGGGCUCACAGUCACGCUGAAGGCUGUCGUUCAUGUCCUGACCUGCAGGAGGUGCUGGAGGGUCAGUGUCGGGGGACUCUCAGGGUCAUGUGGGGAUGUGUAGAUGGUCACACACACGUGAUGGACACCAGCGAACAAACCCAACCCGUGCUUGAGAACCGCCAGUCCACAUCUGACCAUGCCGCUCCUGCUCACAAUGACGGCACAGAAGAGCUACAGCGCUGUGACCAGCUGAUGACGAUGAUGGACAGAGAUGAUGAGGAUGUUGCAGACAGUGAACUGUCAGACAGGAAGUGUCUGAGCGAAGAUGAAGAGUGUGAAGACCAGAGGAAGAGCGUCUCGUCUGAGGAGAGCUCUGAUCUCAACAUUGACACACGUUCUUCACAGAGGAAUAACAGUAAAGAGCACAAGACGCUGGAAACUAAAGUCAGGAGGAAACCUGGACCAAAGCCUGGCUGGAAGAAGAAUAUUAAAGCCGAACGAGAGGAGCUUCCCACCAUCUACAAGUGUCCUCAUCAGGGCUGUACAGCGGUUUAUAGAGGAGCUGAUGGCAUGAAGAAACACAUUAAAGAACAUCACGAGGAGGUUCGUGAAAGACCGUGUCCUCAUCCGGGCUGUAAUAAAGUCUUCAUGAUCGACAGAUAUCUGCAGAGACACGUCAAACUCAUCCACACAGAGGUGAGGAACUACAUCUGUGAUGAGUGCGGUCAGACGUUUAAGCAGAGGAAACAUCUGUCGGUUCAUCAGAUGAGACACUCUGGAGCCAAACCUCUGCAGUGUGAGGUGUGUGGCUUUCAGUGCCGUCAGCGGGCUUCUCUCAAGUAUCACAUGACCAAACACAAGGCGGAGGCUGAUCUGGAGUUCGCCUGUGCCAUAUGUGCCAAGCGCUUUGAGAAAGCUCACAAUCUGAAUGUGCACAUGUCAAUGGUUCAUCCUCUCCUGCAGGGAGGCAGUAUCGCCAUACCUUCAGAUUCAUCCGCUCAGCAAACGGACUUGGGACCGCAACAGAGUGACUUAAGCCCAUCAGACAUGAGCUGUGUGCUGGAGAGUCUCCACGCCGUAUAAUCCUUCUCAUCAGUAUUCAUCUCAACCAGGAGUGCCCGAACCGUGUCCUGCAGAGUUGAGCUCUAACCCCAAUCAAACACACCUGAACACUUAAUCCAGAUCUCUUCAGACAGGUGCGAUGAGGCAAGUGUGAGCCAAACUCUGCAGGACACCGGCCCUUCAGGAUCUAAACGCACACAUUAUCAGCUCUGUUUUAAACAUCACCUCACACACAAGCUGAAGUCUCUUCACACUGGAUGUGUAGUUCAUGGGAAUAAAGUUCAUGUCAUAUCUCUUCAA